AACAACAUGCAUGAUGUAGUGCGAUCUAGUCUGACCAAUUACAACAGGUCAACAUACACAUUGUCCAUGACUAUUUACACUGAUGACAUACUGACACUGCGCAGCUUGCGAUCAUGUUUCCCUGAGUCAUACUGAGACACAGUUAUUCACCACCCAGCUCAGUGUGACGGCAGGAGCGACGCGAUGGCGAAGUUUGCAGGCCGAGUUGUACUUAUUACAGGAGCGAGUUCCGGUAUUGGCGAGGGGACAGCUUUGCAUUUUGCCAAACAUGGAGCCAAACUCUCGAUAACGGGACGAGAUAAGACGAGACUGGAAGACGUCGCUAAAAGAUGCUCGGAGUGCGGGAUACCGGCUGAUGACAUUCUGGCCCUUUCCGGUGACCUCACUGACGCGGCCUUCAGAAAGUCAACCAUUGAAAAGACAGUCGCCAAGUUUACCAGGCUCGAUGUACUGGUGAACAACGCGGGUUUGGUGUUCCCACUGGGGUGCAUGGAGCUGUCGGAAUCCAAGUACGACAUUGAGAUGAACCUAAACAUGAAGGUGCCCUUCCUACUGUGCCAGCUGGCAGUCCCCCAUCUGGAGAAGACGCAGGGGAACAUCGUAAACGUUUCCAGUCUUUCCGGAGUCCGUCCGUCGCCGAAGGUGGGGAUCUACUGUGCCAGCAAGGCCGCCCUGGAUAUGUUCACGCAGUGCCUGGCUUUAGAGCUCGCGCCCAAGAAAGUUCGAGUGAACUCUGUAAACCCCGGCGUUGUGAACACUCCAAUCUUCACUCGGGAGGACUCAUUCUUUCACAACAAAGACGAGGAGGCCAGCAAGUUCUUGAAGGAACAAGAAGUUGUCCACCCCCUUGGCAGAGUGGGCCAACCCCAGGAUGUGGCUGAGUCCAUUGCUUACCUUGCCUCAGACGCUGCGAGCUUUGUGACGGGACAGAUCCUUUUCAUUGAUGGGGGUCGACACUGUGUCUAGCACAGUACUUUUUUAGUGAAAUUCGUGCACAUUCAGGGACAAACUGAUUUGUUCUCGAAGGGCAGUUUGGCACAUGAACAUAGAUGUAUCUUGCUCCAAUGUCCUGUGCUCGAAGACAUGAGUUAAAUAAAUAUGCAAGUGACUGCAUGUGAUCCAAUAAAGAGAAAUGGUGACGUGUGGUGUUUAAAAUUCCUUAAUAAGAGACUGCUUCAUGCUAAGUAAGCAUCGUCCGCAUAGAAUAAGUAAAUCACACAGAUUGCAAUAAAAAAUACUACUAAUCCUAUAUAGAUAUAUAUUACAGCGACCUGUUGUCAGCAAUAUUACAGCUAUAUCAGAAAGAACAGAAGUUAGCAAUAUUUCAGCUAUAUUACAGCAGACUGUUGUCAGCAAUGUUACAGCUAUAGCAGAGAGAACAGUAGUUAGCAAUAUUACAUCUAUAUUACAGCAGACUGUUGUCAGCAAUAUCACAGCUAUAGCAGAGAGAGCAGUAGUUAGCAGUAUUACAUUUAUAUUACAGCAGACUGCUGUCAGCAACAUUUCAGCUAUAGCAGAGAGAAAAAUAGUUAGCAAUAUUACAUCUAUAUUACAGCAGACUGUUGUCAGCAACAUUUCAGCUAUAGCAGAGAGAAAAAUAGUUAGCAAUAUUACAUCUAUAUUACAGCAGACUGUUGUCAGCAAUGUUACAGCUAUAGCAGAGAGAACAGUAGUUAGCGAUAUUACAUCUUUAUCAUAUAAUGGACAGGUUUCUCGGCAGGAUAAAGCCAAAGGAU